GGCCAAUGCUUUGGGAUGUAAAAAAAAAAAAAAAAAAAAAAAAAAAACCAAAGGGUAGCUAUGGAGAUAGAGCGCUUUCCUGGGUUCUUUCUUUGACAGGUGUUGAGUGUGCGGAAAAGUCUGAAAACACAAGCGAGUAUGUAUGCCAAAGGGAAAGGAUCCACAGUGCCGUCUGACAACCAGGCACGGGAGAAGUUAGCGCUGUACGUGUACGAGUAUUUACUGCAUGUGGGGGCACAGAAAUCUGCACAGACUUUCCUGUCGGAGAUCCGAUGGGAGAAGAAUAUCACGUUAGGCGAGCCGCCUGGAUUUUUACACUCCUGGUGGUGUGUAUUCUGGGACCUGUACUGCGCCGCGCCCGACCGACGAGAGACAUGCGAGCAUUCCAGUGAAGCCAAGGCCUUCCACGACUACAGUGCAGCUGCUGCACCCAGCCCCGUGAUGGGCAACAUGCCCCCCAACGAUGGCAUGCCAGGUGGUCCCAUGCCCCCCGGCUUCUUUCAGGGGCCUCCUGGUUCACAGCCGUCGCCCCACGCACCGCCACCCCCACACAACCCCAACAACCCCAUGAUGGGACCACACAGCCAGCCUUUCAUGUCUCCGCGGUACCCAGGCGGGCCACGCCCCUCCCUCAGAAUGCCGAAUCAGCCCCCAGGUGGAGUUCCGGGGUCACAGCCUCUCCUACCCAACAGCUUGGACCCGACGAGACCACAAGGGCAUCCGAACAUGGGCGGGCCGAUGCAGAGAAUGAACCCCCCACGGGGGAUGGCAGGGAUGGGGCCACAGAACUAUGGGGGAGGAAUGAGACCCCCACCCAGCUCGCUAGGGGGCCCCGGUAUGCCUGGGAUGAACAUGGGUCCGGGAGGAAGGGGCCCUUGGCCGAAUCCUAACUCAAACUCGAUAGCAUAUUCCUCGUCGUCUCCGGGGAAUUACGUGGGUCCACCAGGGGGAGGCGGUCCACCAGGCACCCCCAUCAUGCCCAGCCCAGGAGACUCUACAAAUUCCAGUGAAAACAUUUACACAAUGAUGAACCCAAUAGGACCUGGAGGCAGCCGAUCCAACUUCCCCAUGGGCCCUGGUCCAGAUGGUCCGAUGGGAGGGAUGGGCGCGAUGGAGCCACACCACAUGAACGGAUCGUUAGGGUCUGGGGACAUGGACGGGUUGCCAAAGAAUUCUCCGAACAACAUGGGAGGGAUGAAUAACCCCCCUGGCACUCCGCGAGACGACGGCGAGAUGUCCGGCAACUUCCUGAACCCGUUCCAAAGUGAAAGCUAUUCCCCCAGCAUGACGAUGAGUGUGUGAUUCCCCCCCCCCCCCCCCACCCUGCGCGACCCCCCCCCCCCCCACAGGACCCCCGAUCUCCCGUGCUCCCUCCCCUGAGAACGAGGGCUGCAUAUUCACAGCACCCAGCAGGGGGCAGGACGCGACCAGAGGACUCCAGAGAAAGCCAGCGGAACUUCGACCGACCGACCCAAGAGCGUGCGCCUCACUGACACCACGAGAGAGACAGACAGACAGACAGCAGGUGUAUUUAAAGACUGUCCCCAAACACUUACCUGUAUCUACCUGCAAACACAUUUCCACUGUUCUUCUUCUUGUUCUUCUUGUUUAAUAUUGUUGUAAUGACAUGGCAGCAACAGUGCCCCCUCUAGGUGAGUUGCCAUUCAAACAUGUAAAGGUGGUUGUGUGUGUUUAUUUUAGAUGUUUUUAUUUUCCAGGGGGGAGGGGGGUUGAAUUAUUUUAGUUUUUAUGUAAAGGGCACAUGGAAUCACUAGGAAGCACACGCGAAUGCAGAAGCACUGUGGCGACCGUUCUGUUUACAGUGACACAUUUAUUUCAGGGUGUGUUCUUUCUGCUUUGUUUCGUUUUCUCAUGUAAAUGUUUUAGAAGUGUCGCUCUUACUGCUCAGUUUUCACCAGCUCUUCGGAAGAAAGAGAAAGCUUCACAGAGCAGACAGGCUGUUUUCUCUUGUCUCUCCUCUGCGGGAGUGAUCUGCAUUGGGGGCCCGUGGCUCGAGGCCAUAAGCUGCUAAACCCUGUUUUCCAGGACGUCCCGCAGGGAGAGAGCGGGACAGAGACAGGAGAGCCUGCACUGCCAUGCAAGCAGCAGAGCAAGGAGCUGGGAUGGGCCUGUUUCUCAACAACUGGGAAACUGUCAGGUGUUGGUUUUUUUUUUUUUUUUUAAUCAUGUGCCUAGUUUUUAAUUUAUAUUCAAGAUUUAAAAAAAAUAAAAUAAACUUCACCAGACUUUUUACCAAAGUUCUGGCUGGUUUCUUGAAGUAACUGUAAUGCACUGAUUGAAUGAGAUUUCCUGUUGUGAUGCACUUCAGUGCCUGCCUGUCCUUCUCUCAGCGUUACUGAUCUGCAGCACCCUGUCCAGACUGCUCAGCUACCUCCCCACACCACCCAGUGUUUUUUUUAUUUUUUAGAAGUACAUGAAUUGAAACUAAAUGUCGAAGACUUUACGAAACACUUAUUUUAUUACAUGGG